UUGCUCCUUAUCUUCCGUUAACACUCGUCCUCCAUCCAUCCAGCAAGGAACGGAACGGAAGUUGGGAAAAAGUAACAACUUCAAUCUCUUAUGUAUCAUUCUCUCUCCAGCAGAAAGACGAGCGAGUGAGACUUGGGUGGGGAAGUUGAGACUUUUUUUCGCAUCCUCCCUCAUUAUCUUAAUUGUUGUUUAUCUUAAAUAUUUGUUGGUUUGUGGUUUCGGGUGAGGUUCGUGUUGAUUGAUGUGUGUGCAUUGUUGUUGUUGUUUCAUUCACAAAGGGAAAAGAAAGAAGGGGAAUCUUUGUCUCUUUAUUUCUGAAGUGCGGACUGAAUUUUUCGACUGGAUUGAGCUGGAUAAUAUGUGUGUACUGUGUAUCUGACUGGAUUGCAUUUACUGUGUGAAACUGGAAAGGAAAGGGUGGUAGAAGAAAUGAUCUUCAAAUAUUGACACAUUGUUGACAAGUGGUUCGUUAUUAGUUGGGCGAUAAAUAGAACCAAGAAAAAGGACACUGAAACUGAACUAAAGGAUCCGAAAUAAUCUAAAUACACCAACUCAUAAAUUUGUAAGCAAGGAUUCAUGGACAAUAAUGUAUUCAAUCUGGACUGGACAAGAUACAGUUUAGGUUUGUAGUUUGACUAAUAUUUUCUCUACCAGCGUCAACUUUGUGCUCUUUUUGUGUUCCUCGUUGAGCUCAAAUAUUUAUUUUUGACUUAUUCUUCUCAUCGCAUUGUCUUACUUGAAAGUGAACCUGAUCACAAAGCAAAGAACGACUCGAGAAAAGAAGCAGAAAAUAAAUACGUACAUAGUUCUUCCCAGUUUCAGCCAGUUUUUGAGCCGAUCUGGUCACCACGAAAUAAAAUAGUGACGCGGAUUACAUCUCAUCAUCAAUCACUAAACAUCAUCUUGAGCAAAUAGUUUGCUUUGCACUCUCAUUUUCAGUUAAGAAUAACUGGAUUUUGUGUAGUCACAGUUGUGACUCAACUAAUAACAGAAUUCCAGUCGAUUCCGGAAGGCAGAUCGGACAUCCGCCACCUGCACCCACUUCUUGAUUCAUCUUCCGAAUUAGUCAAAUGUUUGUAAAAGUGGUGGUGGUGAUUGUGUCAUCAUCAUCUUAAAGAAUACGAUUAGUAAGGAGUCAAGUCCAUAUAAAAGCGAGUACCAAGCAGCUUGGUCAUUCAGACGUGAUGUUGACGGAGCCCGAGGAAGCGGAAGUAGUGGAAGUGAUAGCAGAAGAAAGUACGUCAAGAAGCAAAGCGACCAUCCCGCCCCCUCCGCCACUCCUUCUUCUCGACCUUUCCGAAGGGGAGGAGAGUUCCGUGAACAACAUGCACUUUUACUCCGAAGAAGACGACAACCUUCUCGAGGAGGAAGAAGACGACAUCAUGAUGGAGGAAGAUGAGGAUGACUUUGACCUCGAUUCUGGCGAAACGUCAUCCGGUGGGGGUGGUGUCGGGGGAGAUGCAAGAAGUUCCGUUUCGGGGAGCAAUGAUAAGGGGCUCAGAGCCAAAUCGUCUCAUUUGAACGGGCGGAGAAUUGGGGGCGGCCGGAUACGAAGCUCGAAACAUCAUCACGACUCUUCCUCUUCACUCGAGGUCAUCCCUCGAAUCCACACCCCACACAGAAAAGUCUUCACCAACACGAGGGAACGGUUUCGACAACAGAACGUGGCUGGAGCAUUUUCCGAAUUACGCCGUCUCGUUCCCACGUAUCCGCCAGAUCGUAAACUCUCCAAGAAUGAGAUCCUCCGACUCGCCAUCCGCUACAUCAAUCUGCUCUCGAACAUUGUGCAGUGGCAGGACGACGAGGAAGAAACGGACGACGCCACGUCGACGACACCCUUGCUCCUCCAGCUCAAUAACAACUCAAACUCCAUCACCAAUGCCAACCUCCUCCACGGACAGCAGUACCACCACCACCACCAACAAGGCAUGAGCACCAGUCGAAUCGUCAGGAUCAAGGAGGAACCCAGUUCGCCCGGAACACAUCCUGCCCCCAAUACCCGGGUAACAGCGAGACGAUCCCACCACCAUCAACAACAACAAGGAAAGCGAGUUCAUCAUCACCAUUAUUGAUCAUAAAUAAUUUAGUAUUUAAAUAAUAUUCGAUGCGCAACGAGUCAGAUUUAUCCGAUUAUUUUUUAUUGUCAAAAACUAAACCAAUUGUUACAUUUUUCCCUUAAUUUUCUGUACCUGGGACAAAAUUUGUUAAUAAUUUCAAAUUGUACUCUUGUCUUUAAAUUAAGAUAAUUACUUCAAAUAUUACGUGACGAAGAUGAGAGAGCAGCAGCAGUGGCAGAAUUAUGUAUAAUACUUAUACGAAAUAAAAAUCGUACUUGAUCCUCGCAUUUAUUUAUGACGAAAUUGACCCUGAAAUUUGAUGGGUAACCAAAAACCAACCCUACAACACCAUACAUAAUAAUUAUUACAUACUGAUACCAUUUACUUGUUGCACAUGACCUGCAUUUCCAAAUCACAGCACAUUUCGUUCCUUUUAGUAUUCAAACUAAAUCAAAUGGAAAUUAUUACACAUCACAGAGCGCAAUAAUAAAAAUUAUACUCAAUUUUCUACUCGUUAAUUUAGAAUUGGACUUUAUGGUGGCUAGUUUUUAGUACCCCUUCUUUUUUAAUACGUGACAUUGAAAUAUUGUCAUCUAGGUGUACAACCA